UAAUUGAAGUAGGAAAUACGUUAGAAGAGAGGCUGCUAAAAUCUGAUGAAUAAAAGGGAAGAGUCGUCCUAAAUAAUUGAGAUAAUCAGAUUGGUUUGAGAAAAUCUGUCAACAUGCUCUUCCGCAGCCUCCUUCGAUCAAGCCAGCUCACCAGACAUGCUUCACAAAAUCAUCUCCUUCAGCCCAGAUUUUACGCUUCCGACGCAUCUCUGCUAAGGGAAGGGGAUAGUGCAGGUUUCAAGGGGCAUGGUAUGCUGGCACCUUUCACUGCUGGCUGGCAGUCUACUGAUUUGAAUCCUCUAGUUAUCGACAAGUCUGAGGGUAGCUAUGUUUAUGACAUUGAUGGCAACAAGUAUCUCGAUUCCCUUGCUGGUCUCUGGUGCACAGCCUUGGGGGGAAAUGAACCACGACUUGUGGCUGCUGCAACAAAACAAUUGAAUAAGUUGCCAUUUUACCACUCAUUUUGGAAUCGUACUACAAAGCCUUCUUUGGAUCUUGCGUCGGAACUUCUGGAAACAUUUACAGCAAGAAAAAUGGCAAAAGCCUUUUUUACAAAUAGUGGAUCAGAAGCCAAUGACACUCAGGUGAAGCUUGUGUGGUACUAUAACAAUGCUCUUGGAAGGCCAAAUAAGAAGAAGUUUAUAGCUCGAGCAAAAUCGUACCAUGGUUCAACUUUGAUAUCAGCUAGUCUUUCUGGGCUUCCAGCAUUGCACCAAAAAUUUGAUCUUCCUGCUCCAUUUGUAUUGCACACAGACUGUCCUCAUUACUGGCGUUAUCACCUUCCAGGUGAGUCAGAGGAGGAGUUCUCAACCAGAUUGGCCAAUAAUUUGGAAACUCUCAUCCUAAAAGAGGGACCAGAUACGAUUGCUGCAUUUAUCGCUGAGCCUGUCAUGGGAGCAGGAGGCGUUAUACCUCCUCCUUCAACUUAUUUUGAAAAGGUUCAAGCUGUCGUAAAAAAAUAUGACAUUCUCUUUAUUGCAGACGAGGUAAUAUGUGCAUUUGGAAGGCUUGGGACAAUGUAUGGGUGUGACGCAUUCAACAUUAAGCCAGAUCUUGUAUCUGUAGCAAAGGCACUUUCUUCUGCUUAUAUGCCAAUUGGAGCUAUUAUGGUGAGCCCAGAAGUUUCAGAAGUUGUAUAUUCUCAAAGCAACGAACUUGGAAACUUUUCUCAUGGAUUCACUUAUUCGGGUCACCCUGUAUCAUGUGCUGUUGCUAUCGAAGCGCUCAAGAUAUACAAGGAGAGAAACAUUCCUGAGCAAGUAAGUAAAAUUGCCCCGAAAUUUCAAGAUGGUGUAAAAGCAUUUUCGGACAGUCCUAUCAUAGGGGAGAUUAGGGGAACAGGCUUGAUUCUUGGUACAGAGUUUGCCGAUAAUAAGUCACCUAAUGAUCCAUUUCCUGCUGAAUGGGGUAUUGGUGCAUAUUUUGGAGCACAAUGUCAGAAGCAUGGAAUGCUUGUCCGUGUUGCAGGGGAUAACAUAAUGAUGUCUCCUCCACUCAUAAUCACUCCGGAAGAGGUUGACGAGUUGAUUAGCAUCUAUGGGAAGGCACUAAAGGCUACUGAAGAAAGGGUUAAUGAAUUGAAAUCUAAGCAGUGAACAGAGAGAAUUGAUAAUGGCGAAAAUUCAUGUAAAGUAUAUUUGCUAUAAAAUUCUAAUGCACUUGGCAUCUUAUAGUGUGCUCAAUCCUAUUCUUCAAGGUUAACAAUAUAUGAUAAGUAGAUGAAUGAAUAGGUUUUUACACACAUAA